AGCAGCACUCGGCGUCGAUCCUGCAGGGGAGAGAGCGAGAUAGGUGAGGACUGCCCCAGUUUGUUGGGGAUCCUUCGCAGUACCGGGGCGUGGUGAAGGACCGGCCCCAUCGAGCCUUCUUCCUAACCGCGUGGCUCACCCCCUCCCCGCCUUGCAACCCCUUUGGCUUCUCGCCUUCCGAUUUCGAUUCCAGCGCCUCGAGUUCUUCACUCUUCGCACCAGGUCCGUUUUUUUGUCGGAGAUGGUGGCUUGCCUUCCCUUUUUUUCCCUUCAUGCUGCCCAUCGCAUUUGUAUACAUUUCUUGUACGCACCUUCCACGACGAUAUUUGAACCUCGAAACUGAAUUACUGGGGGAAGGGAGUCGUUGUGAAGGAGAACUCCUAGAUUUUUGCUGCCUGUAAAUCAUGGCAAGACGUGCUCCUAGGAACCCUUUCGAUGACGAGGAGACUUACUCGAAGUCUCGUCCUGAUGGAAGUGCUGGGAGGAAGGGCGUGAUUAAAACCCAAACUGCAGAUGAGGAUGAACUUUUCAGCUACAGUUCCUCGAAGCCCAAGCCUGGAUACAACAACGGGGGUGGGGAGGACAGCGAGGAAUUUGUCAAUCAAGCGGUGUUGGAUCUUGAGAAGCACGCUGUAAAGAAGUCGCAGGAGACGACAUCAACGUUGAAAAACUGUCUUCGAGUUGCAGAGGAUACCAUGGGCAUUGGCGCGCAGACCCUCAUUAGCUUGCAUGAGCAGGGUGUUCAAAUUGAGCGUACCCACGAGAAGGCUGUUCAUAUUGACCAGCAUUUGAGCAGGGGUGAGAAGCUGCUGGGUAGUCUUGGAGGAGUGUUUUCCAAGUCUUGGAAACCCAAGAAGACAAAGAAGAUCACGGGACCAAUGGUUGGCCGUGCUAACAAUAAUAAUAAUAAUAAAGAGAGCGCCGAGGAUCGUGAAGCCUUGGGAUUAAAUGGUAGUCAAGCGAAGAAGACAUCCGGAUCUGGAUCUCAGCAUGAUAGAGAGACAUUUCAGGGACAAAUCGCUGCUGAAAGGGAAACCCAGGAUGACAUGCUUGAUGACUUAAGUAAUGUACUUUCACAAAUGAAGGAAAUGUCAAUGGAUAUGAACACAGAGAUUGAAAGGCAAGCCCCUGGCAUUGAGCAUCUUCAUGAUGAUAUUCAAGAAGUAAAUGCAAGAGUCAAGAGAGCCAAUAUUAGAGGACAAAGAUUGCUUCGAAGAUGAGCAAUUUGAGUUGGAAAUUGCCAACCAGUAACAAGGGAUUGCUUCCUUUUGGGACUGCUGGCUAAACCCACCCAAGCUCAACCUUGAUUUGUUGCUGCCUUAUUUGUUUUUCUCUUAUUUUUUUUAUUUCUUUACUUUUCUUUCUGAGACCUGAGAAAAUGUAGGAAUGAUCUCAGUUUCUGAAUUUCCUUUGGCAAGUUUUAGAGGGCUUAAAUAUUAUUCAUCCCUCAGCGAGCGGUUUGUGAUGUAGAAUGUGGGUAUUCGUUUGUAAGUGAUUCAUGGUAGUGAUGUAGAUGUUCUGAGCAUAUGAGCCUUCCGUGCUCUAAUUUAUAAGAAGCUACGUGAAGGCAUCUUAUCAGCCUUAAUCACUCAUCUCGACAGUGAAUUGAACCUUUGGUAGUGAACGAUUAUGCACAUGAGCCAACAGAGUCGCGUGACGAACAGAACCUUGUUCUUAGUAAAUGCUUUUCGCCUUUUUCCUAGAU